UUUCCACUCCGUGGCUGUAGAUUUGGAAAUAAAAACGUGGUGAUGUGAUACAGCAAAUAAGAGGAUGAGGAAGUUCCAGAUAUUUCGCAAAUAAUAUAUGAAAUGUGUAAAAUAGACGGGUUAUUGCAAAGACAUACGUUUUACAGCAAGAUCAGACAGGCAGGUAUUUUCCUACAUGCGCGAGCGCACUGACAUCAGGAAAGGCUAUCGUUAACCUAACGCUUUGCCAACUUCCAGUUUCACUGUCCAGGCUUUCGUUUUAGGUAGCCUAGCAGGUUGAGCAACAACGAUGCAUGUGUUUGUGAGCAUUGGGUUCAUUUCAGUUUGUGAAUGGUUGAAUAGACUUGGGCUAUAAAGCAUGUCAUAUCCUAAAUCAAAGGAAAACGACGGAGAAUCACACCAGCUACAUAACCUUAGCUAACUGAGAUAUUGGAUGGAGCCCAUCAAUUGUAUUCGUGGUGGUAUGACUUGCAAUACAUUUUGGCCAGCUAAUGUUGUGUAUUUUGAUUGCCAUAUCUGCACACCUGGUUCGUUUGACUAAUUGGGCCACCCCAAAUUCAUAGAAAAAAUAUUAGGCUGAGUAAUUGCUGCAAGGUAGCGUAAUUAAACUUGAUGUGAUGUUGUGUUAGGCUACAACAAGGCGGCUAACGUUAACCCUACUCAUUUAAUUAUUUAGCGUUUUUUUUUCACGCGCUAAAAUAGCAAUGGUUGCAUAUUUCACUCUGCCGAUUAACGUUACCCCACCUUUAACGUUUCUUUGAACUGCCAUUGGUUUUGAUUUUUUUUUWAAUCUCCAGGUCAUCACAUGGGAGUGCCAUUGACUCAAUGCCAGCAUCAAACUGCAAGGACAGUGAUAGAAACGCYGAAAAUCUCACUGAGCCGAGCUCAAGAAAAGUUUGCCAAUUGAGGAAAUAUACCGACCGACCACUUAGCCUAGGCUAUAGUUAAUGUCCAUGACAUAUUAUCCCCUGACAACUAUCUGUGUGGGAACAUCAGAACGCGCGCUACAGCCGUUGCACCUGUCAGCACAGCAGCAUGCCRUCAUCGGAACCAUAGCCCACACAAGCUACAGACAAGAUACUUUUCACAGGACAACAGAAAAUAGGAUUUGGAAUUUUAUGUAUUUACUUGAACACUUUCGGGCUGACUGCAUCACGGCGAAACAUUGGUUAGGCUACAUCUUUGCUGACGAUUAACUGAACAAGCAUGCCGAACUACAUUGCAAGUAUAGUUUUUGUUUGUGGCCUGUUUGGCCCUAUAGUCUAGCCCACUGAUUCUGUUGGAGCAAAAGCCUAUAGUUUUCAAAACUGAACCUAAGGGCACACACGUUAUAGCACAACUGAUUCGCCAAUGAUGUGGGUUCCUACCUAGCGGUUACCACUGCCGGAAACAUUUAAUGAUGCACUGAAGAGAACUGAUAGCAGAAGUAAAUCACCAAUACGGAUCCAGGAUUCAACUAUGCCUGUAAGAAAAAAAGACACAGCUAGGGCCCUAGGCCUUUUGGAAGACUACUGUGCUAAACUGAGGAAGCCAGAGGAACAACAGCUCAAAACUGCCAUUCAGAGAGUAAUGGGGGUCUUCAAAAGCAGCCUGUUCCAAGCACUGCUUGAUAUCCAGGAGAUCUAUGAGGUGACGCUGCUGAACACCCAAAAGAGCUGCAAGCAGAAGCUGGAAGAGAUCAACCACAUGGCUGACAAGUGGGAUCGAACAGGCACGGGCUUCCCCACCACAGUGCUACAACAUGCCUGCCCAACAGAGAUGAGGGAGCGGAGCAGCUCGGAGCCCAGUAGGAAGGUGCAGACGGAGAUCAGUGUAAYAGUCUCUGAAGUGAGUACCAUGUGGAAGCCCCACUCUACCUYCUGGACGCAUAGCUUUUUGCAGGAGUAA